GGCUGUGUUUGUGGCGUUCUCGAUGAACUCGAAAUUUAAAGAGGAUUUAUAGACAACUUCUUUUGUUUAAUAGAAAUGAACGUAAAGAAUUAAAUUUUGCUAUUGCAAAACAGAUAUAUAUAGAGAUAAACUAUCUUAUAUCUUUUAUAAUUAUAAUGAAAUAAACGAUGUUUCAUAUAUAAAUAGUUCCCACUGCUGACCAAAAAGUAAACAAAACAAAACUCAAACGAAUUUACUGUAAAUCAUUUGUUCAUCACGUGUUUAAAUCACUGCUUUUUAAAGAGAGAUAGAGAGUUUUAUCUGAGCGAUCAUUUCGAGUGUUCAAUACAAGGUUAUCGUGAUGGAAACUGAGCUUUGAGAGGUCCACGGGAGAUUAAAUUUUUUUAUCAAACACUAUAAAAGUAUUCCUACAUCGUGAACAUCGAUAAACUCUUCUUUUGAAAUCUCGAGCACCGUCGAAGUCGACCUCUUAUGCAAUUGCAAUGGCCUACAAGAUACCAUCACGCCCAUUCUGCGACUCCCAUACGUCUUCCGUUGCCAUAGCGAUGUGCAAAAGUCACCAAGAAUUCUUGUGCACACAUUGCCUUGUGGGUGGUGUCCAUAACACAUGUGGUAACCUAAUCGAAAUUCGCUCUAAGGGCCCAAUCUAUGAAGACAUGCUGAUUGAUCUAUCGAUGCUAAGGAAGCACGCGGAACACAAGCUGUCCGCUCGAGAAAACGUGGAAAAAGAGAUUGAGUAUGAAAGGGAGAAUGUAGUCUUUCAAAUAAACCAGUAUCUAGAAAAAUUAAAUGAAGCACUGCAAACCAUGAAGAGCGAAACUGAGUCAAGUAUGGAGCAAUACAUCACUAAAGACACAGAGUUUCUUAAAACUGAAAUAAAAACGCUGUCGAACGUUCUUGAAAGCCUCGAUGAUGCUAUAACGACACUGUUCGAGGCUGAUGCGCAGCAAACGACGGCGAAUAAAGAUGAAGAGAGACCCAUCACGCAUGCGCAAUUCCAAGGAAUGCUUGUUAAGAAGCAACAAGCUCAGAAAAUGGCGGCAUACAUGACCGAUCCGGACCACGCCGUGUUAAGGUACGAACUUGUUCGGCCACUGCAAGACAUUAUCAUUGGGAGACGAAAGCUCUUCGGAAAGGUGUCACUCAACGCAGCAUAAAUUAAGGACACUCGGUCUUGUCUAGCUGUCGAAGCUCUACUAACAAAAGCAUGUCGUAAAUAUCAGCGUUCACAUGUGGAAUAUAUAGAUGUGUUUCAUUUUCUAAUGUAAAACAUAGAUGUUUUUAUCGUUGUAGUUCAAUAUAGUUGAACAUUUACUUGUAUUGAAUAACGAGCACGUGCACGUGAACUGUACAAUGCUAGGUUAUUAUUAUAGUUUUUGGUUUUACUUUUUGUUUCUUUCCGUUAAUUGUUUUGAUUUCAUGAAUGAUCCAACUCAUACGUACCCAGCGUAAACCAUUUAUAAGUGUACAAUAGACUUAUAAAAAUGCUAGAAAUAUAAAAUGUUCGUUAUAUCAUGAUUUUUCAUUGUUUUCACUUUUAUUAUACUUAAACGUCCUCCUCCUGUUCCUCCUCCUCCCCUCGUCCUCGUCAUCAUCAUCAUCUUCUUCUUAUUCAUCAUCAUCAUCAACAUCAUCAUCAUCAUCAUCAUCAUCAUCAUCAUCAUCAUCAUCAUCAUCAUCAUCAUCAUCAUCAUCAUCAUAAUCGUCGUCGUCAUCUUCAUCAUCAUCAUCACCACUACCACCACCACCACCAUCAUCAUCAUCAUCAACAACAUAAUUCUUUGAAAGGUCUGGUCAUUAUGUGGAAAUGAGGGGCGACGAAACAGAGAUUUCCGCCAGUCAGGGAAUACAACUUUUGACUAAAACAACAACAACAAUAGUUGUUUCUAAACAUAUUUUUACUUUAAUUUAUUGUGUGAAUACUAAAACAUUAAAAUACUGUUUGACUACCG